AUGCAGUUAUCAGACAAAGAGACAGACAUCAUUGAGGAACAUGCGCGGAGACUGUUGGAGAAGAGAGAGUGGCUCAAGACGAUCUGCCCUUCCGAGAUCGCCCGCGCGUUAUCGGAGAAAGAAUUGGAAAUCUUGAAUGCAUCGGGAUGGCGAGAUACGAUGGACAAGAUAAGAUCGGUAGUGUGGGAGCUAAGAGAGAAUGGAGUAGUUGAGCUGCUACAGAAGGGCCAAGCCAUUAUUACGACAAAGCUCGAGGAUAUUCACGGCCCGAUCCGCGUCAGAGCCAGACAGUAG